AUGAGGAAUCUACAUAGCAAUGGAAACCUUCGGAAACUAGAUUCCGAUGAAGGAGAAACAACGGAGGACAAUUCGUGCCAGAACGGCUUCGGAGAUGGCGUCAUUUUGGGCCUUGACGGUGGCGCAACCUCAACGGUUUGCGUGUGCGUUCCAUUUUCCCCCUACGGCGAUCGCUUACCGGAGCCUCUUCCAAUCCUCGGUCGAGCCGUCGCCGGUUGCACCAAUAGCAACAGCGUAGGAGAGACUGCGGCAAGGGACUCACUAGAGCAAGUUAUUUCUGAGGCACUUGUACAAUCGGGUUCAGACAAAUCAAUUGUUCGUGGUGUAUGUUUAGGUGUUUCAGGUGUAAAUCAUCCCUCAGACCAAGAAAAGAUAGAAAAUUGGAUAAGGGAUAUGUUCCCUAGUCAUGUGAAGGUAUAUGUUCAGAAUGAUGCUAUUGUGGCUUUAGCUAGUGGAACCAUGGGAAAGCUCCAUGGCUGUGUUCUAAUUGCCGGUACAGGAUGCAUAGCCUAUGGCUUCGACGAAGAUGGCAGGGAGGCUAGAGCAUCUGGUGCUGGACCAAUCUUAGGGGAUUGGGGAAGUGGCUAUGGAAUUGCUGCACAGGCCUUGACAGCGGUCAUUAGAGCUCAUGAUGGUCGUGGUCCACAAACAAUGCUAACAAGUACCAUCCUCAAAGUACUUGGUCUUUCCUCUCCAGAUGAACUCAUCGGUUGGACUUACGCAGAUCCAUCUUGGGCACGUAUCGCUGCUCUUGUUCCUCAAGUAGUAUCUUGUGCAGAAGCCGGUGAUAAAAUUUCAGACAAGAUCUUGGUUGAUGCAGCUGAGGACUUAGCUCUUAGUGUGAAAGCUGUUGUAAAGAGACUUGGUUUAUGUGGCGAAGAUGGGACAGCUUCUUUCCCAGUUGUAAUGGUGGGCGGUGUUCUAAACGCCAAACGGAAAUGGGACAUUGGAAAAGAAGUCUCAAAGCACAUCAACCAAUAUUUUCCCGGGGCUGAGACUAUCAUACCAAAGGUAGAGCCAGCUGUUGGAGCAGCAUUGUUAGCCAUGAACUUCUUGACAAGUUAG